AAAUAUUUUGCUAGUAAUAAUGAUGACCAUCCUGAACGCGGUCUUUAUUUAGACCCUACCGUCCGUAGAGUAGAUUUAAAUACAGUUCCGUUGAACGGAACUGAAUUCAUUAUUAAAUCAAAGAUGGAAGAAGAAGCUAUGCGCCGCAACAAUGAGGGUGAACAUGAAGCUGAUAAUGAAGGUCAGGCUGAAAAUGGCAAUCGGGAGAUUGAAGGUGCUGUUGAAGAUCUCUUAGAACUCCUGAAAGAUUGUGGUGUCCCUUUUUACCCUGCUGACGAUGAGGAUGAGGAUGAGGAUGAGGAUGAUGAUGAAGAUGAAGAAGAAGAAGAAGAAGAAGAUGAAGUUCAAUAUUUCGCACAAACUUUUUCUAUUUAA